AUGGCGUCGCUGCCGGCGUCGCCCGUGGGCCGGCCGCUGCAGCCCGCGGACGCUGAGCACGGCCGCAGCCAUGGCCAUUCGCAUUCGCAGUCGCUUUCGCUUUCUCACGGCGACGCGCGCCUGCACCGCAAGCUGUCGGCCGCGCUGGCCCCGCAUGCCCCCCCGCCGCCCGCCCACGCCACCGCCGCGCUCCCCCCCGAUGCCACCCAUGCCCCCCCCGCCACCGCGACCCCGGCCACGGCUCGCUUCCCGCUGCAGUCGCCCUGCUACGUGCACCAGCGCUUCGACGCGGCGGUCGACAUCGCGCGCGUGCUGGACGAGCUGGCGGCGGCCGACGGGCUGUCGCACUCGCGGCUGCUGCAGACGGCCACGGGCGUGCGCGAGGUGUCGCGGGCGCUGCAACGGCGGCCGCUGCAGCUGGCGGUGCGCGCCGUGAUGCUGGUGACCAAGGCGCGCGACCACCGGCUGGUGCGGCUGACGCGCGACCUGGCCGCCUGGCUGCUGGCCACGCCGCGCUACGGCCGCGACUGCGGCGUGACGGUGUACGUCGACGCCAAACUGCGCGCCUCGCAGCGCUUCGACGCCGCCGGCCUGCGCGCGCGCGACCCGCGCUUCGAGACCAUGCUCAAGUUCUGGACGCCCGACCUGUGCUGGGCCGCGCCCGAGACCUUCGACCUGGUCGUCACGCUGGGCGGCGACGGCACCGUGCUGUUCACCUCGUGGCUGUUCCAGCGCGUCGUGCCGCCCAUCCUGGCCUUCUCGCUCGGCAGCCUGGGCUUCCUCACCAACUUCGACUUCGCCCGCCACCGCGACCACCUCGACCGCGUGCUGGGCGACGGCGGCAUGCGUGUCAACCUGCGCAUGCGCUUCACCUGCACCGUCUUCCGCGCCACCGGCCCGGCCCCCGCCGCCGAGCAGCGCGAGCAGUUCGAGGUCGUCAACGAGCUGGUCAUCGACCGCGGCCCGUCGCCGUAUGUCUCGAACCUCGAGGUGUACGGCGACGACGAGCUGCUGACCGUCGUGCAGGCCGACGGCUGCAUCCUGUCGACGCCGACGGGCUCCACGGCCUACUCGCUCUCCGCCGGCGGCUCGCUCGUGCACCCGUCCAUCCCCGCCAUCCUGCUGACGCCCAUCUGCCCGCACACGCUGUCGUUCCGCCCCAUGGUGCUGUCCGACACCCUGCGCCUGCGCAUCGCCGUGCCCGCCGCCUCGCGCGCCAGCGCCUACUGCGCCUUCGACGGCAAGGGCCGCGUCGAGAUCGGCCCCGGCGACUUCGUCUCCGUCGAGGCCAGCCCGUUCCCCUUCCCCACCGUCGUCGCCGGCGCCGCCGAGUGGAUCGAGAGCGUGCGCCGCUCGCUGUGCUGGAACGCGCGCGGUGCGGUGCAGAAGGCCUGGGGUGCUCAGCCCCAGCAUGAUCAUCCUCACGACCAUCCCGACGAUGAAGACGACGACCCCGACCAGCCGUGGGACAUCGACACCGACUCCUACGCCGACUCUGCCCCCGACUCCGGCCUCGGCCCCAGCGAGUGCGGCGACAGCCCGGCCACCGGCACCGCCAGCCCCCUGCACCGCGUCAUGAGCCUGCUGAACAUGUAG